CAAGAUGGCCAAAGUUCCUGACCUAUUUGAAGACCUGAAGAACUGUUACAGUGAAGAUGAAGUCUACAGUUCAGAAGUUGAUCAUAUUUCUCUGAAUCAGAAAUCUUUCUAUCAUGCAACCUAUGAGCCAUUUCAUGAAAAAUCUAUGGAUAAUUUUAUGUCUCUGAGUACCUUUGAAAUUUCUAAGACAUCCAACCAUACCUUCAAAGAGAGUACACUGAUGGUGGCAGCCAGUGGGAAGAUUCUGAAGAAGAGAAGGUUCAGUUUAAAUCAGUUCCUCACUGAUGAUGACCUGGAAGCCAUUGCCAAUGAUCCAGAAGAAGAAAUCAUCAAGCCCAAGUCAGUAUCUUACAACUUGAAAAGCAAUGAGAAAUACAACUUUCAGAGAACCAUAAAACAUCAAUUCAAUCUGAUUGACGCCCUCAAUCAAAGUAUAAUUCAAGUUCAUCCAUACCUCAGUACUGCCGCAUUACAGAAUAUGGAUGAUGCAGUGAAAUUUGACAUGGGUUCUUAUACAUCAAAUGAUGAUUCUAAACGUCCAGUGACUCUACGGAUCUCCGAAACUCAACUAUUUGUGAGCACUCAAAAUGAAGAUGAGCCUGUAAUGCUAAAGGAAGUGCCUAAGACUCCAAAGAUUAUCCAAGAUGAGACCAACCUCCUUUUCUUCUGGGAAGUAACCGGCAGUAAGCACUACUUCAGAUCAGUCGCCCACCCUACAUUGUUUAUUGCCACAAAGCCAGACAAACAUGUGCAUUUGGCUAGUGGGCCACCUUCUAUCACUGACUUAAGGAUUCAAGAUUCAGUCUUGACUUAGAAUUCUACUUACUUGUUAAGUGUUGGCAGUCAGUAUGUACCAUGUACAUGAAGCAGUCAAGUUCUUUGUCAUUUGCUGAGCAUGUGCUGAGCUUUUGUAAUUCUAAAUGAAUGUUUACUCAGUAAGUGAGCAAGCAAGGUCUAGAGGGAUAGACACUAACAUUUAAUAUUGUUUGUUAUUUAAAAAGCACCCUGUACUUUGCAGUAUACCAAUCAUUUUAAUUAUUAUUCUUCAUUAGUAAUCUUGGGAAGGUCAGGAUUACUUUCUAUGGCUACCAAGAAAAAGUCUACUCAUAUUACAGAUGGGUCAAGUGAAGCAUAAAUAAACUAAGGAAUGAGGAACUGUACACUCAAGACCUCAUGCCAACUGCUUGUGUUUGACUUAUUGGUAGACCUUUGACCAAACACUUUAAGUCUCUAGGACUCCAUUUGAUUGUCUUCAAGAUGGAGAAAAUUAUAUUUAUAUCCCUCCUGCCCCCAUAAUAUUAUAUACCAACAAGUAGCAUCAUUUUAGUGAAGUACUUCUUGGAGUUGAGACAAAUAUUAAAUGCUAUUUUAAUGUAUUUAUGUUUAUUUAUAAAUAUUUAAUAUAUAAUCCUAACAUAUUACUUUAUUUAUGAUAAUUUCUUUUUUGUUGUUGUAGUAGUAGUUAUUAUUGUUGUUAUUGAUGUCACUUUUGUUAGAUAGGACAAAAAAAUGCAGAGGGGAGGAGAAGACAGAGAGGGGGAGAGAAAGAUAGACACUUGCAGACCUGCUUCACUGCUUGUGAAGUGACUCCCCUGCAGGUGGGGUGCUAGCAACUUGAACCAAGUUACUUACACCAGUCUUUGCGCUUGGUGCUACAUGUGCUACUGCCCAACUCCCUGUUUAUGACAAUUUCUUUGAUUCUCUAAGAGUGAUAGAGUAUACUAAACAAUAGUAGGCAAUGUUUUUCAGGCUGAAUAAGUUUGAUUUAGUUACACUAAAAGCAUUAGUCUAAGUCAUGCUU